AACUAGUAUGAGUACUAGACCCUGUCCUACUUCCACUCUAAAACUGGUCCCGGUGACGGAGGCGCACUUAGAGCGAAUGCGUCGGGAAGCGAGAACUGCGCAGAAGAAGUCGGGGAAAAACUACGUUGCCGCUGCCUCGUCCUCUGACUCCGAUUCGGGGUCGAGCAGCGCAUCGGAAGAUGAGGACUCCGAGGAUUCUACUACCUGCUUGGAGGGACGCAGCAGUUUCACUGGCCGAAGAAGCAAAGACGACGGUGGACGACGAAGAGACAGGGCUCGUCGAAGCAGGACAGACAAGAACGAACUGGAUUUUUCUUCGCGAACGAAGACGGACAAAUUUGGGACGGUGCAACAAGCCGAAACAAGCAACCACUCCACUGCGGUACUACCUGGCGAGGCAAGCAAGGAUUCGCGAGGAGCGGCUCCGUCAUUUGUGUUGCUCAAGAAGAAGGAUCGGCGGAAGAGGAGUGACGCAGCAGUAGACCUAAGAACGAGCAACAGUACUUCGCCUUACCAGAUUGUCGAAGCGGAAAGAAAUUGUUCGCACGAGAUUCUCCAGCGACAGGAACAUCAAAGCGCAGAAGACCACUCACUGUCUGAGAACACCGUGACGUCGUCGAACUGUGCAACGCCGAAUACGCUGGGGCGCACCACGGCGUCGCUGAGCUCAUGCAGCCAAAUAUGCUCGGAGGGCACAUCAAGUUGUACUGAAUCACGAAAAACUGGUCACCUCUCGCUUACCUCGUCUGCUGCACAGAGCCGGACGUCAACUAGCAGUGCUGCGUCAACAACAUCCAGAAUGGCGAGGCC